AUGAGAACAAGCGUUAGCAGGGAGGAGACGCUGACUGUUCAGGUGUCGGAUAUCAUAUACAAUGCUUCCAAAGGCUCCAAGUACUUCAAUCGUGAAGAGACGAGAGACAGAGUUCUCUCAUCCAAGGUCGCCCGAAUUUUAGCGAAGAAGGCACAUCUUGAGCGUCUGGAUCUUUCAAGAGACCUUCGUGCUGUCGACGGCCUCAUCACCGAGCUCGAUGCCUCUCGAGAUCUUUCCCAGUAUAUUGUGCAUGUGGAUUGUGAUGCCUUCUAUGCUGCAGUCGAAUUGCUUGGUCAACCCGAACUGGCAGGUGCGCCUUUCGCAGUUGGUGGUGGUGUUCUCUCCACCUGCAACUACUUGGCACGCAGUUUUGGAUGUCGAAGCGGCAUGGCUGGCUUUGUGGCCAAAAAGCUUUGUCCCAAGCUUAUUAUUUUGAAACCCGACCACGCCAAGUAUGUGGCCAAGGCCCAGGAGGUGCGCAGGGUCCUGGCACGGUAUGACCCGCGUUUCGAGAGCGCGAGUAUCGAUGAGGCUUACCUCAACGUGACCGAAUACUGUGCUACCCACGGGGCGGAUCCGGGCGAAGUAGUAGCGCAGCUGAGGAGGGAGGUUUUGGAAGAAACCAGAGUAACGGUAUCGGCCGGAAUUGCUGCCAACACUCGGCUCGCCAAAAUAUGUUCUAAUAUCAACAAGCCGAACGGACAAUUCUUGCUGCAAAACGAGCGUUCUGCCAUCCUCGACUUCACCAAGACCCUGGCCUGCCGGAAGGUCAACGGGAUCGGUCGCGUAUUUGAACGAGAGCUGGCAUCUGUCGGUAUACAAACAUGUGGAGACAUUUACGACCAGCGACAAUAUAUCAGCCGACUCUUUGGAGAGAAAGCGUGCCACUUUUUGGUGCAUAGCUAUCUUGGCCUGGGGAGAACGAGUGUACAGCCAGCAGAGGAAUAUGAACGAAAAAGUGUUGGGACGGAGAGCACCUUUACGAGCAUGUCCGAUCCAGGAAAGCUGAGACAGCAACUGCAAUGGACAGCACAUGAGCUCGAGAAGGACUUGCGUCGAGUCGAGUGUAAGGGCCGCACUUUGGUUCUCAAGCUCAAGCUAAACACAUUCGAAGUACAUACGAGACAGGUUAUCCUCUCCCGGGCGGUAUACUUAGCCGACGACUUGUACAAGUACGCAUCGCCUAUGUUGUCCAAGAUGGAACAGGAGUUACCUGGUAUAAGCGUUCGACUUCUAGGCUUACGGUGCACAAAUCUUACCAGCACCAGGAAACCCGAUACGCUGGCCUUCUUCGGCAUUCGACCACCGCAAGGAAUCGGCCAACCUGAUAGUGAGGCUACAGAAAGCGAGGUGCCUCCAGACACGACUCCGAGAUACCGCGAGAGUCUAGAAAUCGGGGCAAUAGGACCUGCAGAGCCUUUGGAGGCGGAAGUAGCUGGAAGAACGAAGCGGGAUGACAGUCUUGCUGUCGAAGAGACGCCUACUCUGUGUUACCGACAGGAGCGUACAGCCAACCCGAAGAGUGAGACGGGCCUACACCGAGAGCAAGAGAGAUGGUGGAACUGUCCUGUGUGUUUUCGACCCCAGUCAGCAGACGAGAAAGAGUUCAACGAUCACAUGGACGCGUGCUUGUCUCGUCGAACCAUCCUAGAAGCCGUUCAAGAACAUGCAGGUGACGCCUGCAACUCAGGCCCGAGCUUGGGUAGAAAUGGACGUGAGCAGAAAAGGGAGAAGAGAAGAGGUAGGCUAUUGGCUAUCACAAGUGACCCGCGGCAGAAAAGGAUUCGGUUCGAUACUAUGUGA